AUGCAGCUCAGACCACUCACCUCUGCAGUGCUUGCCGUCCUUACUCUCGAAGUGUUCACAUCCGACGAUGAGGAACGGCUUAUGGUGGACGUAUUUCGUGGCUACAAUUCACUCAUCCAAGAUGAGAAGAACCAGGUGAUGCAUACAAAUGUGUGGCUGACGUUGAAAUGGCACGAUUUCCAAAUGCGCUGGAAUCCAGUGGAUUACGGUGAGAUUAGAGAGAUACGAGUCACACCGGAUAAAGUCUGGUUACCCGAUAUCGUGCUUUUCAAU